AUGCCGACCCCGGCAAAGCCGCAUCUUGACUGGGCUGGCCACCGAGGCAAGAUUACGAAGCUGUACUGGAAAGAUCGAAAAGAACUUCCGGAAGUCAUGAAGAUAAUGGAAGACAAGUAUAACUUUGUCGCAAACGAGAAGGCUUACAAGAAACAUUUCAAACUCUGGGGCUUGGGUAAAAAUCUCAGCACAGAGCAUGCGAAAGCAAUGCUUGGGAUCGCCAGGCGGAGAAGGCACCGAGAGAACAAAAACACGGCAUUCAAGCACUACGGCAAGCUCGUCAAGCCAACGAAGCUCCGUCGUUUUUACAAGCGGUACAAGCGGGAGAAGUGCCCCAACUUUUCGCCUGACAUGAGAGCGGCAACUCCUCCCGACGUCGCGUACGGGACGCCAGAGCCCGAUUCCUCAAACUACUACGCACUCCCGCCAGCGGUCCUGGGCUGUCCUGACCAAGAAGCAACAAGCGAAGGGGAACAGACAUCUGUGGGCGAUUCCACUGGGUCGUAUUGUUUCGGCGGAGAUGGAAGUCCUCAAGCCAGUACCAUCCCGGGGGAGGUAUCCCCGGAGCCCUUCUCUGGGCUCGGUGGUGGCCCCUACCCAGGCGCCGAACAGACCAACAUGGCUGCUGAGUUCCCCCAGAACACAUUCUCCGGGCAUCAGCAGUCGUAUGCACUGGGCAGCUUCUCGCAACCCAACGCGAGCUCCGCAUUCGGUUCCCAACCAUGGGUAGGUCCCACCGAACCUCCGUCUCAUCCAUACCAGGGUCCCGCAUAUGGGACCCCUUGGGCUUCACACCCACAACCGCCACAACAGCCACAGCCGCUGCAGCUGGCUAUGCACUCACUCAAUCUAGGCUCUACUGCGUUGGCGUUUCCGAACAACCUCAGCACGCCCGUGGGCUAUAGAGUGAUCGAUAAUGCUCGGUUCGAUAAUGCAAUCCCGAGCCAGACAACCAUCGGAAUUUCUCAAGCGGGGUCGGGUGGUCUGGAAUACUUGCCACUGCACAGUGCCGUUACCGGUAACGAUAUCAACAGCGCCAGAGCCCUCUUGCACAAUGGGGUGAACCCAAAUGGCGCGGCCCGCGGCGGCGUCACCCCCCUUCACUGCGCCGCCUACCGGAAGAAUGUCGACAUGGUCAAGCUGCUGAUAAGCUAUGGAGCAAACCUCGAGGCCACGACAGACAAGGACCAAUCCGUCCUUUUCUUCGCUGUUUGCGGCCAGGGACAGUUGGGUAGCAGCGAUAUGAUUUAUGGCACUCCAACAACGACAGAGAGUGGCCCACACACGGACGAAAGCACAUCACGGACUAUUGAUGCGCUCUUUGAAUGUCCAACUCGUUGGGUGCAUCUACGCAGCAGCCUGGACAAGCCCGACAAGGACGGCGUAACCCCGCUCAUGGUCGCCGCGGGGGCUGGCUUUCAAAAGACUGCGACCAAGCUACUCCGACGAUGGGCGCAGCCCGAUCUGCGAGACCACGCCAACCACACGGCACUCAAGUACGCGGCUAUGAAUAGCCACCGGGAAUUGGUCCGCCUGCUAUUGCUAGCCGAUCCCGCCGUAUCAUACAAACGCGACAUCUCCCACAUCCUGAAGCUGGCCAGCAAGAAUAUUGCCGCGGGCCAUCUCCAGGCUGGGGGUGGGCAAAGGAACUUGCGGGAGCGCCGCCAUGGGUCUGGCGAGAUGCUCAUUGCCGAGGAAAUAGUGCGGCUAUGCCGGGAAAUGGGCCACGACGUGUUGGACCGGCUGCUCAUGCUAGCCAGACAGAGGCGCAAGUCUGGUGUUGUCGAGUUUCUGCGGCGUGCCGUGACGCAGCUUGACUCGGAGGGCUCUCGUGCCGCCGGGGCUUGA